AUGACUGAGAGUUUAUCAAUCGUUGGAAGUGUAGUGGCUGCUGAGAAAAGAGUUCCGCCUGAUCAUCAAAAUAUCGAUCCUUUACCAAGUAGUUCUACAUCACCAGCAAAGUUGAAUGAACAAUUAAUUAACCAAUGUGGUGUUAGAGACAUUUCAUUGACAAAGCCUUUCUAG